UCUUCAUCAAAGCGACACUUCUGGCAUUUUAUCUUCGCAUUUUCAACCCGGUUAAGGGAGCCAGGAUCGUUAUUUGGGCAACGCUAACUGUAGUGAUACUCUUUUAUUUGAUCGUCGUCGUUAUAAUCCAGGUCACCUGCGACGGAUACACUCCAACAGCGCAGAUGUUCAACACUGAUGCCGAAGUCAAUUGUUCAGUACCGCAGGAACCUCUCUGGGUUACCACGAGUAUAUUUAGCACUGCCACGGAUUUGCAUUUACUUGUGAUACCCGUGGCGCUUACGCUUAAAAUCCGACUCCCAUCGAAACGGAAAAUUGGCGUGUGUUGUAUUUUCCUCACAGGCUUAAUAGCUUGUACCUUUUCUCUCCUUUGCGCGGUGUAUCGCGUGAAGGCGACACGAUCUCUUGAUGUCACUUGGCUUGGGCACUUGAUAUCUGCGUUCGCAGCGGCUGAGCUCAACGUAGGAAUUUCCUGUAGCUGUAUGCCGAUAGUAUUCGUCCCGUUCCGCAGAUUGACUCGAACGACCUUGCGGAAUUCCUUACUCAAGCUCAUUUCGACUUAUCGGGGGCACAAUUAUAAGGAAUUUGCACAUAAUCCUAGUGAUCCUGAGAUAAUGAUACAAACUGAGCAGCUGCCGCAGAUACCUAAAAGUUCGUGGACGGGGUUAAGGUCUUGGGUAUGCAAGAUGCACCUUUCUCAGCCCGGGCGGGCAAACGAUGUCUCUACUUACAGGGAAAUCACCUCAGUCGAUAUAGAUUAUCAUGAACAUCUGAGGAAAGAGUCUCGCGACGCCCGACCACUUCAAUAUAUCCCGACCGGGACACUUCAAACGCCUCAGAGAGCUUUGACAAGUAGGAUAUGAAUAUUUGGGUCGUCUUCCACAUAAAUAUAUGUUUUCACACCCCCCUUUCUCUCCGAGCCCAUCGAAUGU